AUGGAUGUGAAAAGAGUGAAUGAUAGAGUUAUUGCAGUAAAACUGUUGAUUGAAGACUCGGUUUUAAAUGUCGUUAGUGUGUAUGCGCCGCAAACGGGAUGCGAUGACAGUAUGAAAGAAAGAUUUUGGGAGGAUUUUGAUGCGGUAAUAAUGAAAGUACCAGAGUGUGAGGAAAUAUACAUUGGGGGGGACUUUAAUGGACAUGUGGGAAGGAUGAAUGACGGGUAUGAGAGGGUGCAUGGGGGCAGAGGUUACGGAGUUAGGAACCGAGACGGUGAAGCUCUACUUGAAGCAGCCUUGGCCUUUGACUUAGCAAUAGCCAACACAUUCUAUCAAAAACGGGAACAACACCUUAUCACAUACCGUAGUGGUCUACACUCUACCCAAAUUGACUACAUUCUUUUAAGAAGAAACAGGCUAAAAUCGGCCAAGGACUGCAAGGUAAUACCGAGUGAGAGUCUCGUCUCCCAGCAUAGGCUACUGCUCCUAGACUUAACUCUGAAAGUUCAGAGUUUAAAUAAGAGCCCGAAGCCCCCAGUUAGAACGAAAUGGUACAGAUUGGAUGAUAGGGAGGUGGCUGCAGAAUUCCGGGAAAGAGUGGUUGGUAAAAUGAUAGAGAUGGGAGAUAUGGUGGGGAUGGGAGUAAACGAGUGCUCGAGUGAGAUGGCAAUGUGGGUGCGAAGUGUGGCAAGGGAUGUCUUAGGGGAAACGAAAGGGAAAAGGAAGAUAGAGAAGGAUACAUGGUGGUGGAAUGAGGAAAGUGGUUGUGGUUGCGCUGACGAGAUAUAUAGUAGGGAAUUUGGUGGGUUGAUAACAUUUCCGAGGGUAGCUCUCCUGGCGAUGUGCUUCAAUUAUUUUCUGUUGGAGGCAUCGCGAGUACACAUGACCAUGACCAUGGUGGACUCUGUAGCCACUGUAUAG